UCCUGCACCGUCACGAACCGGUCCCAGGAGCCAGAAUUUUCCAGUCGUGAAGUGCGUGGAUCCAUCAGAAUCAAGAUCCCUCCUUCAAAACACUUUAAUCGCGUGAAUAAACAGGAUGUCCACUUCGACUUUCAAUACGCUGUCUUCGCCCUCGCACAGUAUGGAAGAUUUGGUCCAAGCAACUAAGACGACGAAGCACCACUCUCUCAGCAUCCCGCCUGAACUCAUUGACGAAAUCAUCGAUUACCUCUGGGGUGACAAAGAGGCGCUCAUCGCCUGUUCUUUCGUCUGCCGACUGUUCUACCUCCGCACCCGCGUACACCUUUUACACAGCAUCAGGCUGAAGCGCACCCCUGACGAUUCGUUCUCCCAAAGCAUCCUCCCGUACAUCAAGAACAUCACCAUCUGUUGGGGUGCCAGUACGAUCCCCAGCCUAACCCCAUUCCUAUCAUCCCUCCCAAACCUAACCGCUCUCCACCUCGACAGUCUCCAAUUUCCCGAUCCAUGGUCACUCCACCACCUCAUCUGUCAGCUCCCCGGGUUGACGAGCCUCGAAUUGAGCGCGAUACGAUUCCGGCAGGAUUUCCUGGUCGAGCUCGGGAGCGUUGGUAGCGGGUUGCUUCCAAGGAUCAACAAGAUAUCGAUGUGGGCAAUGUCGUUCCAUAUUUCCUUCAUGGAGUUCCUCAUCCAUCGGCGAGAGCUACGAGCGGUAUAUGCAGAUUCCCUGCACGAGCUUUGUAUCAUCUACCCUCGUGGGGAAUACCUCCCCUCGAUAUGCGCGUUUGUCCGUGCAGCGUCGAGGUCAUUGAGGAGCUUGGAUAUUCGUAUCCGUAGAGUUGAAUACGUAAUGUCGGGAUGGCCGGCUCAGCUUGACGUACUUCCCCUGACGAUGCCGACCUUGAAGAUCGAGAUGGAGUGUAGUCAACGUGGUUGGCAUAUGAAAGCCAUGAGAUGGUUGCUCGAUUCUCUGACUGGCGCUGAUGAACCCAUCAUGGUGGAGACACUUAUGUUGGUGGUCGUUCCUCCCACGCUUUAUGAUGGCCACACUAUGGAUGACGGUGAUUGGGUGAGGCAAUGGUCAAGGUUAGAUGAGAUCCUAUCAGGCCCAGACAUGAAGGAUUUUCAACGGUUGAAUGUGGCAUUUAAGCCUCACGUUGAUUACCCUUCUCCCUGGGACGAAUCGCAUCUCAUAGAGUGGGUCCAUAAAACGCUCCCGCUCAUGGAUAAGAGAAUCAUGUUCGAUGUAGAUAUCGUCGAGGAUACAAAUUGAAAGAUGGAAUAGCACAUUUUCUCCUCGCGUUCAAUAUUUAUCCGACGACGAACUUCCUUCCGACGGAUCGAUCGAUGGCCAGGCCUUCAAAAACUCACCACGGCGUACUUGAACCACCCACUCGAUAAUUCGACAAGGAGAGCUACGAUUCGGCAGGAAGCUUCGAAUG